GCACUAGUCGCCUGUCAACAUGGCAAUCUGACUAAGCGAAUACCCCCUCGGCAGAAAGGAAGAACGGUACAGCAAAGUUGAGAGAACAAAUGACAGCAAACCACCCACCAUCUCGUAGACUUUGACUUUCCCAAAAGUAUUUACAUUUUAGAACUGGAACGGCAACCAUGGCGAAGCGCCAACCUUCUCUUGUUUCACACUGAAAGAAGCCGCCAUGGUUGUCGUUCUGCCCUGCCUGCUCUUCCUCUUCCUAACCAGUCCACUCGCCAGCGCGGCCACCUACUCGGAGUACUCGUGCAAUGGCACCACCGGCAACUACACGGCCAGCGACGCCUUCGGGGCUAACCUGGCGCGCCUCACCACGGCGCUGCCCAUCGACGCCUCCAUCUCUCCCUCGCUCUACGCCUCGGCGGCCAUCGGCGCCGCCCCGGACAGAGUCUUCGGCCUCGCCCUCUGCCGCGGCGACAUCACGGAAGCCUCGACGUGCUCCAGCUGCCUCAACGACGCGAUCCGGCAGCUCCGUGCGCUCUGCGGCGGCAACAGGGACGCCACGUUCUACCACGACCUCUGCACCCUCCGCUACUCCGGCGACGACUUCCUGGCGCGGCCGGACGACAACACCCCGGUGAUCAACGCCAUGGACAUGAACGCCUCGACUUACGCGGCGUGGGACAGCCGGAACGCGACGUCCCGGAGCUUCUUCCUGUCGUUGGUGGGCACCCUGUUCGGCGAGAUGUCCAUGUACGGCGCGUUUAACUCCACGGAGCGGCGGUUCGCCAGCGCCGCCAUGUACAUCAACGCGCAGCUGCCCACGGUGUACGGCCUGGCGCAGUGCACGCCGGACCUCUCCCCGGGGCAGUGCUGGCACUGCUUCCAGGGCCUCCAGGAGCAGACCCGCCAGUGGUACGACGGCCGCGAGGGCGGACGCAUCCUCGGCGUCCGCUGCAACAUCCGGUAUGAGGGCUACCAGUUCUAUCAUGGCAUGACCGACGUCAGGAUCGGCUUCGAUGGCUCAUCUUCAACAACACGAAGCAAUGGAAGCAAGCAUAGGAAGACCUUAAUAAUCGUAUUAUGCGUUUCAAUCACGGUGUUCUGUUCAAUGUUGGUAGGCUGCCUUCUACUGAUCAGAAGAUUAAGAAAAGGAGGCGGAAAGAAGAAAUUAGAGCAAGGACAUUCCAGAAACAGCUCGAAAACAGAGGAGGCACUGAAGCUGUGGAAGAUCGAAGAGAGCAGCUCAGAGUUCACGCUGUACGACUUCCACGAACUUGCUGCUGCAACGGACAACUUCUCCGAUGGCAACAAGCUCGGAAGAGGCGGAUUCGGACCGGUUUACAAGGGCGUGUUGCCUGAUGGAACCGAGGUUGCGGUGAAGCGGCUGGCGGCGCAGUCCGGGCAGGGUCUCGUUGAGUUCAAGAACGAGAUCCAGCUCAUCGCCAAGCUGCAGCACACGAACCUUGUCAAGCUCCUGGGUUGCUGCGUGCAGGAGGAAGAGAAGAUGCUGGUGUACGAGUACAUGCCCAACACAAGCCUAGACUUCUUCAUCUUUGACCAAGAGCGAGGGCCGUUGCUGAACUGGAGGAAACGGCGGCAAAUCAUCGAAGGGAUCGCGCAGGGGCUCCUGUACCUGCACAAGCACUCCCGGGUGCGCAUCAUUCACCGGGACAUGAAGGCCAGCAACAUAUUGCUCGACAGAGAUCUGAACCCCAAGAUCUCGGAUUUUGGCAUGGCCAGGAUCUUCGGCUCAAACAUGACGGAGGCCAACACCAACAGGGUCGUCGGCACCUAUGGUUAUAUGGCGCCUGAGUACGCUUCCGAGGGCAUCUUCUCGGUGAAGUCUGACGUGUUCAGCUUCGGCGUGUUGCUGCUCGAGAUAGUGAGCGGCAAAAGGAAUAGCGGCCACGGCCAGCACUAUGGGGACUUUGUUAAUCUCCUUGGACAUGCAUGGCAGCUGUGGAGGGAAGGGAGAGCGUUCGAGCUGGUCGACCCAACGCUGGCUGGCCGCAACGAGGUGACGAGCAUCAUGCGGUGCAUCAAGGUUGCCCUGCUGUGCGUGCAGGACAACGCUAAUGACCGGCCGACGAUGACGGAAGCAACGGCGAUGCUGGGGAACGACGGGGUGCCGCUGCCGGACCCCCGACGGCCGCCGCACUUUCACCUGAGGGUCACCAGCGACGACGAGGACGAGGAUGGCGUGGGCGGGUCAGGGGUGCGGACACGGUCGUCAAUGCACUUCACCGGCGGGUCGUGCAGCACAAACGAUAUGACCAUCAGCACCAUCGAAGAAGGGAGGUAGCAACGGCGUCGAUCCGUAAACCCCAGUGGUUCUCUCCUUUUGGUGAUCGAUGUGGUUUUCAGAUGAUGUUAAUGGCUCUGUGCGACAUACUGACACGCAUUGCUCGUGUCAUGGUGUUGAUCGACCUUUUUUUAGCGAGAAAUCAGUAGACUGUUGCUGUACAGAUUAUAGAUAAUUAAUUGAGCCGGACAUUUUGGACUGCA